AUGCGACUUGCUUUGCACCCAGAUCUUAGGAACACCAGCAGGCUUUUGGCACUAUCUGCUUGUAUAUAUGCGCUAAGUAAGGAGAAGCACGAUCUGCCCGAAAAAGAAAGCCUGAUCGCCGAAUUGGAAAGCCAAAAUGCCCUAUUCUCCAACCUGACCAUUGCUGGCCAUGCUUCGGCGGUUCAGAGAAAUUUCGGCGCCUCUUUUACACCCGAAUAUGUAUGUCCACCACCGACCGAAAAAAUUUCCAGCCUCAUUUCUUUGCGACGAGGGUCGGUAUCGGCAGAAUGUGUUCCAUACCCGGACGGCGUAAAUGCAAACUAUGCCCUUGAAGAAGAGCCGCCAAAACAGCACUAUCCCAAAUCAGAAUCAUCUUGUAAACUAAUUAAAGAAGCCAUUUCGUCAAAUAUCCUGUUCAAGGAACUGGACAAGAACCAACUGACCGACAUUAUCUCAUGUAUGUUUGAACGGCCUACAAAGGCAGAUGAUGUCAUCAUAAGGCAGGGCGAUUCGGGCGAUUUCUUUUAUGUGAUCGAAGACGGGGUGUUUGACAUCGUUGUCAAUGGCGAAAAAUAUGAAACCAUAAGCACCGGGGCCUCUUUUGGUGAGCUGGCCCUUCUUUACAACAGCCCACGCGCUGCAACGGUCAUUUGCAGCAGUGAAUCCGGCUCUCUUUGGGCAAUUGACAGAUUGACAUUCAGGAAAAUCGUCAUCAACCACAACUACAAUCGACGAAAGAGAUAUGAAUCGUUUCUGAAAAACAUUCCUCUGUUUUCUACGCUGUCCCAGCUUGAGUUGUCUAAGCUUUCUGAUUGCAUCAAGGAAAUUUCAUACGAAAAGGACCAGGUUGUAAUAAGGGAAGGUGAUAUUGGCGAUUCUUUUUACAUUGUCUCCCAGGGCAAUGCAAAUGUUUGCAUCAAUGGAAAGCAGGAGAAAUCGCUCGUCAUUGGAGACUAUUUUGGCGAAAUGUCGCUGAUAACCAAACAGCCACGCGCGGCAACCGUGAUAGCGCAAAGCAACCCGCUUUCGGUGCUGCGAAUUGAAGUCGAUGCCUUUAAUCGGCUGCUGGGCCCUUUGCUUGUGCUGAUGAAGCGAAACAUGAUGCUAUACAACAAGUACAAUAUGGUUGGGCUCCAAUAA